AGCCCUCAAAUUAACAUCAACAUGAUAGAAGAUCAAAAAAUGACUAUUUGUGGAAAGAUACCCAUAAAAGAAAGACCACUAGUGUAAUAUCUGAUAAUAGAGGACUAAAUAGGGAAGCCCCUUUUAACACAUGGUAGGUAGGGUAUUGGCGCUCAAAUGUUUGGGAUAGGAAGAGCGACGUCAGUGGGCGGCGGCGGCGGAGGGCGGUCGUGGUCGUCCACGACGUCGGUUUCUGCUUCCGGCAAAAGAAUUCAAAAAGAGAUGGCGGAGCUAAGCCUGGACCCUCCUCCGGACUGUGCCGCUGGUCCCAAAGGCGACAAUCUCUACCAUUGGGUCGCCACUCUCUUCGGCCCCUCCGGAACACCUUAUGAAGGCGGGAUAUAUUUCCUUGACAUAACAUUUCCAUCUGAGUAUCCAUUUAAACCUCCACAGGUUAUUUUCAAAACCCGGAUCUACCAUUGCAAUGUCGAUCCGAAUGGCAUUGUUAGCUUGGUCAUUUUGAAAGAUGGUUGGAGUCCAGCUUUAACUAUCUCAAAGGUUCUUCUUGCUCUCAGAUCAAUGCUCACCACUCCAGACACCUACAACACGGUUGUUCCUGGUAUUGCUCAGUUGUAUUUGGGCGAUAGAGCACGGCACGAUGAAAUAGCUGCGGAGUGGACUCGGAGAUUCGCAAGGUAGUUGCAAGAGGAUAUUUUUGGAAAAGGCAAAUUCAUGAAGAAAAUGAUAUAUAUAUGGACUAUCAUGUUUGAGCAAGGAUAUUUUGACACCCCAUUAUUGGGGGGGGGGGGGGGGGGGGNAACCCUUAAAUUGCAUGGGUGUAAUAAUGGUAUGGUGUCCUU